GGAUCCGUGUGGGUUACACCCCAGAUGUGUUAACAGAUUCCGUAGCUGAACUGACUGUCGCCCUGCUGCUGACCACCUCCAGGAGACUGGUAGAGGCUACGCAUGAAGCCAAGAGUGGUGGAUGGGGAACGUGGAGGACUCUGUGGCUGUGUGGAUAUGAGCUGGCUAACAGCACCGUGGGAAUCCUGGGACUGGGCAGGAUCGGAGUGGCUAUCGCUGAGCGUCUGAAGCCGUUCAAGGUUAAGAAGUUCAUCUACACGGACGUGGCUCCCCGACCAGAGCUGGCCAGUUUGAUCGACGCAGAAUAUGUCUCUAUGGAUGAGUUGGCCAGUCAGUCUGACUUCCUGUCAGUGUGUUGUGCUCUGACACCAGAGACUAAAGACAUCUGUAACAAGGACCUGUUCUCCAAAAUGAAGAAUACCUCCAUCUUCAUCAACACCAGCAGAGGAGGGGUGGUAGACCAGGAGGAUCUGUAUGAAGCCCUGUCCAGCGGUCAGAUAGCGGGAGCUGGACUCGACGUCACCGUCCCUGAACCCCUGCCCACCAGCCACCCGCUCUUCACCCUUAACAACUGUGUGAUCCUCCCCCACAUUGCCAGUGCGUCCUACUCCACACGUAAUGCCAUGUCUGCUCUGGCAGCCAACAACCUGCUACUGGGCCUGAAGGGACAGCCAAUGAUCAAAGAGCUCAAGCUGUAGCUGCCAAUCACCUGCUUUCGGAAACACCAGAGAAGAACCAAUCACCUGCUUUCAGAAACACCAGAGAAGAACCAAUCACCUGCUUUCGGAACCACCAGAGAAGAACCAAUCACCUGCUUUCAGAAACACCAGAGAAGAACCAAUCACCUGCUUUCAGAACCACCAGAGAAGAACCAAUGAUUGAAGAGCUGUAACUGUAAAUGAUAUAGUUGACUCUGGUCACGAGAGGAGUAGAUUAUAGAGAAUAGUGGUGCUGUUGUCAUCCACCAUUUUCACUCUGACACGGUACAUACCGUAGCACUCAGCACUUCCUCAUGGGAGAUGUUUUUUUAAUGAUUUUGUCUCAUAAUAAUAAUAAUAAUGAUAAUAAUGACGAAGGACAACAAUAAACAUGGAACUUUCCCCA